UCAUUUACUGAUGAUAAAGAUGUUAGCAUAACAUUGGAAUCACCAUUACAUGCUAUGAUUUUAGGUGAAUCACCUGAUUAUGGAAUUUGUAAUGCCACGACAAAAUCUGGUCAAUCAUGUUUUCAUGUUAUUAACAAAAGUAUUUGUCGCUUUUGUGAUUUUCACGUGAAGAAAGCUUAUAUAGAAGCAAGUUCAUCCCGUCCAGGAUUUGUGAGUGCAAGUUUACCAGGAUUCGGUGGACAGUCACGAAGGUCACGCUAUUCUGGUGACCGUCCUCCAGUUACACCUGAACCAGGUGUAUUCACACUUCCCAUCAAUACAAGUUUUAUGGUCAAUAACUGCUACAAACCUGUUGUAUCUUCACCUAAAGUGAAUCUGAGUGUAACCAAAUUAAAAGCGGCUGGUUAUCAAGUAGAUAUAUCUAGUGGAUUAGGUAAAAAUCCGGAAACGACUAAAACACCACAAGUAUCAUCCACAUCAUUGCAAUCCUCUUCGUCAGUGGAUAAUAAUAAAAAAAACGACAGUUUCUCUGACAAGAGUAUGUCAAUAAUUCCAGCGAAUGUUUCUUCAGUUGUUGAUAGUCAAAGUAGCAAAAAAGUAGUUAAAGAAAACUCAGAGAAUACCAUUUCAAAUAAUAAUGAUCAAGUAAAAAUUGAACUUAAUGAAGCAGAAAACAAACUUGUAUCUGUAUUACGUCGACCAUCUGCGGGUUCUUUAAAUUUAUUAAGACAUUUAGAACAAGAAAAUGAAAAUGAUACUGUCACUGUUUCAUUAUCCAAGACUGCUGCUAAACAAUCUGUAAAUAACUCAAAUUCGAAAAUAUCUCUAAGCAGUCGUCAGGAAUUUUGUUCACGUCCGAAUUCACCAUCACCUGUGACAUUUACUGAAUUUUUCUCAAAUAUUAAUGAAAAACGUAAGCAUUCAGUGUCAAUACCACCUGCUACUGCUGUCAAGCCAAGUUUGAAUAACAAAUCGGAACAAUUUAUUGAUUUAGGUCCUUUACCGUUGGCAACUAGUUCUCAGGCAGGAUUGUCACGAUCUAUGCCAUCAUCAUUCAUAACAGAUGCAGCACGUUUGCGUGCUACCGCUUUGGUUAAUUCACAAGGAGGUGUAAAUAAAAUGAUUGAAAAAGAAUCCUUGAAACGGAAAGUAAAUCUUUUAAACACGUCAUCUUGUUCAAAAGCUUCGCCUUUAUCUGAAAUUCUCGAUAAUAAUCCUUCAAAACGUGCAAAGCUCACUUCAUCAUCAUCAUCUUUAUCAGAUUUAACAACCAAUCAACAACAAUCAAAAAGUGUCUUGAAUCAUGACAUGAACCAAAAACUAUUGAAAAAAAAUCGUGCAAAAAAGUUAGCUGAAUUAGCUAAACAAAUUAAUCAAGGUUCAGCGCAUAAAAAUUUAGUUGAUGCACUUGAAAAUCAAACUGAACAAAUUCGAUUGAAUAGUUUAGAAAAACGUGAUGAAUUUGAACAGAAACUUGUAAAUCAAGAUAAAGAAGCAUGUACAUAUGUGAUAUGUGAGACGUGUAAAUAUCGUGCAUUUAAAACAGCCCCGAACUGUCAUGCCAAUAAUCAUCAACUUAAAUACCUGAAAGGCUUUAAAUAUUAUUUUUCUUGUCGUCAGUGUUCAAAACGAACUGUAUCGUUGGAUCGUUAUCCUACAAAACCAUGCAAUUAUUGUGGUGAAUCUUUGUUUGAAAAAACUGGAAUAAUGAAGGAACGCAAAGGUGCACUUCUGCCUCAUGAACAGCUUUUACCUCGUGGUAUUGAAGAAAAAUUUCUUAACUAAUUUUCGCAUACUAUUUAUCACUACUAUAGAAAGUAUAUAUGUAACACGUCCCACAAAUGUUGUAUUUAUGUAACUAAAUUAAUAUUUUUUUUGAUAAUACUAGAUGUGAUUCUAAAAUUAUUUUCAUCCUAUAUGAGAGAUAUCUAAUUAUUUUUUGUAAUCCCUCUAUUUUUAUAUAUUUUAGUUUUUAUC